CGCAGCCCUUACGGAAGCCCGAUGGGGACGCGCAGGCUGCGUUUGGCGGCUGACCCGCGGAGCGCGGCGCGGUGCCGCGGUGCCUGACGCGCUCCGGGCUGGCAGCGCUCCCCGGCUUCCUCUCGCCGCACCGGGAUGAGCGGGGCCGCGUUCCCGUCGCCCGCUGCCGAGAUGGCCGAGAUGAGCCGGCUGCAGUACGAGAUGGAAUACACCGAGGGCAUCAGCCAGCGCAUGAGGGUCCCCGAGAAACUCAAGGUGGCUCCUCAGAACUCUGAGCUGGACAAGGGCGGCCAGGAAGGAUUUCCAACUGCCAGUGUAACUAUGCAGGUUCCAGAGCGGAUUGUAGUGGCAGGUAAUAGUGAAGACAUUCCAUUUUCCAGACCAGCAGACCUUGACAUUCUUCAGUCUACUCCAUUCAAACCACUGGCAUUGAAAACUCCUCCCCGUGUUAUUUCUCUUAGUGAUCGACCGCUAGAUUUUUUGGACCUAGAAAAACCUCCACAGCAGACACCUCAAAGUGAAGAGGUGCGCUCGGUGGGAAGGCUGAAGAGAGAGCGCUCCAUGAGCGAGAACGCCCCGCGCCACAACGGGCAGCUGGCCCGCAACGACUCCAUGUGGCACAGAUCAGAUACUGUCCCAAGAAAUAAAAUGCCCCGGUUCCAGUCACCUCUUUCGACUAAGGAUUGCACUGUGACCCCAUCACUGCAACAGGCUCGUGUCUGUCCUCCCAAUAUGUUACCUGAAGAUGGAAUUAAUCUUUACUCUGCUCGUGGCAUUUUGUCGUUUAUCCAGUCUUCCACUCGUAGGGCUUACCAGCAGGUCUUGGAUGUGCUGGAUGAAAACCGCAGGCCAAUGUUACGUGGUGGGUCAGCUGCUACCACUUCCUCUAACCCUCACCAUGACAACACCAGAUAUGGUCUCUCCAGCUUGGAUACGACAACACUCGAGGGAACACCAGAUGACAUGACAGUUGUAGAUGCGGCCUCCUUAAGAAGACAGGUUAAUUUUGCAGAUGUUUUUCUAUGAAUUACAUUUUUAAGCAAGUUAAUCUGUGAGUGAUCAAAAUAUUAUGGAGUACAAGAUUUUGGUGUAUCUUUAAUAAAACUCUCUCAAAAAAAUCCCAACCCCAAACCAUUGUUUAAUAUCAUUUUAAGAGAAUUUAUUUGAGACUUUGUGUAAACUAUUAGUCUUUGAAGCAAGCAGUAGCAGUGGCCUGAACGGCUCCAAAGCAGCAUGUGGGCAUGUGCCAGCCCAGUGCAGGCUGCCAGCCCUGCGGGUUGUGGCGGUGGUCUCAGGCUGUGUGAUGGGGAUGAGGACCAGCCUGGGCUGCCCUGAUCCCGGGCUCAGUUUAAACAUCCCCUGCCUAGCCUCGUGCUCCACCUUCUUUGCCCGAUCUGGUAACGGGGGUGCUGAGCGAGCUCCCUGCAGGCUGGCGGCUUCAUGGCCCGGCUGCAGCAGCCGAGCUCCUGCCACGGAGCGAGCCCUGCAGUGACACCGCAGCGCUGCUCACGGGGAGCCUGCCUGAGCACAGCGGGCCCCGGGCCCCGUGCGGGACCCUCUCGGGCUGCAGAGGGGCACGGCGGGUGAAGAGAUGGCGAAGCACCGCGGCUGCAGAGGAGAAGGAGCCGCGGGCUGUUUGAGCGCUGUCCUCGCUCCCCCCGCAGCACAGAGGCUCCAGUGCCAGGGCUGUCCCUGCACAGGGGAGCCCGGGCGGUGCCGGGCUGCACACGGGGCACGGGCAGUGCCCUGGGAAGGACGGGACAUCCCGGGAGCAGCAGCAUGAGAACGCCUGAGGAUCUGGAUACAAGUGCUGCAGGAACGCUGCUCUCAUCCAUUGCCCGCGCUGUGGGGUCAGAGGGGCUCAGUGUGUGGCUGCUGCGCUGCUCAACAGGCUGCUGUACCUGCUUCCUUGGCUUCUCCACACGGCUGUGGCAGAUGUGGCAAAUGUUCUUUCUGAGCUUUGUUUACUGUGUUCUGUGACUACAUCGGGGCGUUUGCUGUGCAUGUUUUCUUACCGUGAAUGUUGAAGCGUGUGCCUUUGUCUUUUAGUAAAGACGACAAAAAGGGCCAGGCCUGCUUUGCACAUUUUCUGCAUUUUCAUGAGUUUUGUACCAUGACCUUUGCACUGAAGGUGUACUGUAUGAACUCUGAUGGUGCAAAUGAGGGCUGAGAUGUAACUGUAUAGGCGAUAGUCAAAAAUAAAGCUUCUUUUAAGUGCAUAAAA